ACAGCUCCUUGACGCGCGGAAAGGUAAGAACAAGGAACAAGGAAUUCCAAAGGCCCGGCUACCUCAGCAUCUCCCGCCAUUUCCCUCACGAGUUUCCCGGAUGUAACCCCUUCCCCCGCGGCGGUUAAAAGAGACCGAGCAACGGUGACUCCCUUUGAUACAGGAGGAAAGAACUUGAAUAUGGUCCAGCUUCUGCAGCCCACGGUUUCCGGCGACGCAAAAUUGCCUCCCACCUUGGAGGCCAUCGGGAGAAAUAAACUACCCAGUAGAUCUCCUUCACUUUCCACUCACCAUCAGUUCCAGCUUAUCGACCUCCGCCUCCAUGUUGAAUAGUUGACAUUCCUCAGACCGCGGCGGUGCUUAAGCCGCAAACCGUACUAGCACUGAGGGUCCCUAUUGGACAGCUGUCACUCAACGUCUCGCACUCAUUGGUUCCUCUGCUUCACUGGCGCCCGCCCAUUGGCGACUGGGUAACGCCCCUCCACAUGAAACACCUUCUCCAGUUGGGCAGAGACACAAAACGCUGCAGGAGGAUUGGCUGCUGUAUACUUUUUCUUUUCCAUUGGCUGCACCCUCAUCUCCACUUUCAAUUUCAUAGUUAGGGCUCCGCAGAGAAGAGCUUCCGAUUGGUACAACCGGAAGAAGAGCCAACCAAUGACACAGAAGCUUCCACAGGCAGCAUAGGGGACGUGACACACCUUCUUAGGUCUCCUGCUUCCCCUCCCCUUCGCUCCCGCCUUCCACUUAUUCAUACAAGAAGCGCCUCAGCUUUCAUUGGCCAGUGCCCGGUGACCUCUUAGCCAAUCACAAACCAGGCUGUGCCCCUACUCUACCCAGAGAGCGAAUCGUGGAGAGACGUCUGCUACCAUUGGUCCCUCCGUGAUAAGGUUUUAAUUUUGAAUCUUUCUUUACGGCGAAGGAGAGGCCACUACCCGGACUCCAUCUAAUCCCGGGCUCUUAGACUUUUUUUUCUACAGAAAUCAUGCCCAAGUUCAAGCAACGGAGAAGAAAGCUAAAAGCCAAAGCAAAAAGAUUAUUCAAAAAAAAAGAAGCCUCUAACUCUCAGCCCAAGCUAAUUAUACCUCCUCCUCCACCACCCUCACCAGAAAGAGUGAUUAUUCUUUCAGCAGAUACAGCCCUUAGCAGAAGCUUGCUUAGAUCAUCCUGGAAUUUCAGAUUUCCCAAUAUCAAAGAUACAGUAAAACUUUGGACAAAUAGAGUGUGGUCUAUAUACAAGUGGUGCCAGAACUGUAUGGCCCAGAGUUUAGAAGUAUUGAAAGAUACCAUCUUUCCAUCCCAUUUCUGCCACCGAGAACUUCACAAUCUAAGACAACAGUUUUGCAUUUUGGAAAGUGAAUUACACAAGCUCCAAGAAACAAUGAAGGCUGUCUUAGAAAAUUCUUCCUGCCCAAGCUGUGGUCAAAUGUGUCACAUAAGUGGUAAACUUACAAAUGUGCCUGCCUGUGUUCUGACCACCCCGGGAGAAUCUCAAGCUGUACUUCCUCCCUCGCUGCCACAGUCAGCCACCCAUCUUCCUCCUCUUCCACCUCCGCCUCCACCCCCUCCACCUCCUCCUCUGCCUCCACCUCCACUACCUAGGGCACCUUUGCUGCUCAGAAAAUUCGAUCACACUAAAGCACUUCAGGCUGGAUCAUUAAAAAAAGAUGGACCCAUGCAGAUAACAGUUGAAGAUCUACUCACUGUGAAAUUAAAGAAGACACAGUGUUUUGACGAAAAGAAGAAGUUUGCGCCAUCACCAAAAGCACGGUAUCCACUAGUUACUGUCUCUGACCUCCAGCGCGUCACCCUGAAGCCCAACUCCAAAAUGCUAUCAACUCGAGUUACAAAUGUCUUAAUUACCCCUGGUAAAAGCCAGAUAGAUCUGCGGAAACUACUUAGAAAAGUUGAUGUAGAGAGGAGCCCAGGUGGAACCCCCCUCACCAAUAAAGAAAAUAUGGAAACAGGAACUGGGCUGACUCCAGUAAUGACCCGGGCCUUGAGAAGAAAGUUUCAGAUGGCUCACCCUAGAAGCCCAACUCAAACUCUGCCACUUUCUACAAGUAGCUUUGAUGAACAAAACUGAUGCCAAGCUUGCCUGACUCCAUGUGAUGAUCCAUAAAAUAUACAGAUAAAACCACCCCAACCCUUUUUUAAUAUAGUAGGGUAUGUAUAAAUAAUUAUGCUAAUAUAUAUAAUUUCAUUUGAAGAAUUAAAGUAUUGCAACCCCCCAUACAUACUGUGAUAUAAAGUGGGUAUUGGGUAUUUUUUAGUUGGCAUGAUCAAUAAGAAAACAGAUGGGAAAAUGCAAUCCCCAGAGUGAUGUUUAUCCUGGAAUUACCCAAUUUAGGUUCGAAAGCUUGUUCAAAUUUAACUAGAUAACAAAUUUGUAUUCAAUAGGUACACUUAAGAUAUUAAGAAAAUAACCUGAUUUCCUUAAAAGUAAAAUAAAAUAAAAUAACCUGAUUUCCAUUCUUGCAUAUUCUCAGGUAAUUAAAAAGAAAAGUAUUUCAGCCUGUCAAGCUAAUACAUUCACUAAGUACUGUAGACUUGGGAUGCCUGGGUGACUUAGCGGUUGAGCAUCUGCUUUUGGCUCAGGGCGUGAUCCCCGGUGCGGGGAUCAAGUCCCGCAGUGGGCUCCUCAUAGAUAGCCUGCUUCUCCCUCUGCCUAUGUCUCUGCCUCUCUAUGUCUAUCAUGAAUAAAUAAAUGAAAUCUUACAAAAAAAAAAAAAGUACUGUAGAUUUGAUCAGUAAAAAUGGUCCUCUAGAUUUGAUUUGUUUACUGUAAACAGUUAAAAGAUAAGACCCUCCCCCAUCCCAACCCAAUUAUUUUCCAGAUGGAUUUGAAGUAAAAUAUCCAAUUUAACCAUAAAAAUUAGAAUGUAUCAUGUCUAGCAGCUAGAAAUGAUAUCCAGGUAGUCAUAUCUGGCUCUCUGAAGUCUGAUAUAUUUUUUUCUUUGAUAUUUGCUGUCCACAUUUGUGCAGCUAACUAUGAAUUUUAUGAGAAUCUCAACAUGAAGCUUGAAUUCCCACAGUGGUCUGCCAGGUAUUCAGAUAAUUCUGAAGUCCAUAGCAAAUCCUCUAUGAGACCUAAUUCCUAUCCUCAACAGCCUGUAGCUUCAAUCACUGUAAUAAUGCAUACCUCACUGAAUUUUUGUUCUUUGUUCUUUCCUGCCAGUCCAGACUUGCCAGAUUUAGCAAUUAUAAACAUAUGACGAUCAAAUUUGAAUUUCAGAUAAAAAACAAAUAACUUUUAAAUAUAAAUAUGUCCUAUUAAACAACAGAUAAAAAAAAAAAAAAACAGAUAGGGUUUUUUUAGUAUAAGUAUGUCCCAAAUAUUGCAUGGGAGUUAUAUAUUUAUACUAAAAAAUUAUUUAUCUAAAAUUCAAAUUUAACAGGACAUCCUAUAUUUUGGCUGGUUACCCUAUCAGUCAGUCCUCUACAAAGUUGCCAAGUAUUUAUGGGAACUCCCAGCUUGUCAGACAUGUCUACUUAGUGGUAGACACAAUUAUAGCUUCAGUCAGGAUCUCCAUUACUAAUGUGUUAAGUAUCAUAGAGGAAGGGGAACUCUGAUUAGGGUGAGUUCCUGUAACUGGAGGUGCAGUAUUAGCUUUGAUUCCCUGCAGUUCCAAGAAUAAGGAUCACAGAUGCACAUAGAUAGGAAAUAAGGUGUUUCAGAUUGUCACUGAACUUCCUAGCCUGAUAGGAAGCAGCUACACAGAUGACAUCCUUGAAAUAGCAUCAUUUUAGCAUAAGCUAAAAAAGAUAUUUUAGUAAUUUCCCAGAAGUGCCUAUAUCUCCACAGAUACAUAUUGCUUUGAGAUGCCAAAUAGAGUGUUGUGGAAAGUGAGCAGACUGGAAAGCAGACCUGGGGACCAUGUUUUGUUUUAUGAGACCCACAUUUAUAUUUAUAGACACAUUUAUGCAUGCAAAUUAUAGGUAAUAAAGUUAAGAAACAUACCUGCUUCUAGUUAAAAAAAAAAAAAAAAAAACACCUUCCUAGCUACAUUUAUAUUAUAUAAGGAUAAAGAAGAAAAAAAAAAAAAAGAAUAAAGGGAAUGAUCACUGAAAAUAAAACAUUUGAGUAUUUGUAACAAUGUUUUAUGGGACAUUUAUAAUGCUUAUUAUAUUAAUAAACCACCAUGUAUUGUCUCAAUUUAAAUGAUUUGAUGAUUUGAUCAUUGAAAAGUUCAUUAAAAAAUGCUCUAGAAAUCCUAUAUAUAAACAUUUAUAAAGCUGCUAUUGCCAUUGUACCAGUAUUAAAAUGUUUUUUAUCUUGUGUCUUUUACUAAUUUUUAUGACAGGUUUUAUACUGUACCCAUUUGAGAAUCCUGUAAAUGUUAUGGCUUCAUUUAACUGUUGUUAAUUAUAAACUUCCAAUGUUUAUUUUCAGACUGAAUAACAACCAGGCAAUAUAAACACCAAAGUACAUCUGGUUAUGUUUUUAAAUAAAGCAAUAAAAAACCUUU